AUGGCGGCGCCAAGAAUUGAUUUCAAGAUCCUACCCGCAACCGAGGAAGACGCCUUUACGCUCGCCCAGGUGGAAGCCGUCUCCAAUGACGAAGCGAACGAAGCCAGAGGAGAGAGCAACCUUUCUCAUGUAAUCUUUGGUCCUCCCAGCAAUGCGAGGCAGGAAUUCCGAGCUAAGGGACUUGUCGACAAAAUGAAGAACGAUACGUACGCGCGAAAUUAUAAAGCAGUUGUUGAAGAAGACGGCCAAGAAAAGAUUGUGGGCUGGGCGAACUGGUUCUUCUAUACCGAGCCUCAGCCCAUUGAAUUUAAGGAUAUCGAUUGGCCCGCUGGAACGAAUUCAAAGGCUUGCAAUGAGUUCAUUCAGACACUGACGGCCGUGCGAGCGAAGCACCAGACUGGCAAGAAAUUUGGCUACCUCCAAGUGCUCGCAACGCUACCUCAAUAUCGUGGGCAGGGAAUCGGCUCCAGCCUCCUCAAGGUCGGUCUUGCCGAGGCUCGCGAGCUCGGCCUGACUGAAUUUUUCCUUGAGGCAUCUGAUGAUGGCCACGAUCUUUACGCGAAGUUCGGCUUCGUCGACGUUGAGCGUGUCAUGAUAGAUCUUGUUCCCUAUGGAGGAAAUUGUGAGUCUCAAGUGAGAGCUAUGAGCAUUCUCCCGAACUAA